UUUAACAGCUAAUCUUCCUCCGGGGUUACUCUCCCAUAGUGUGCCCACGCGAUACCGCGCUGGGAGGAGGCGAAGGGUAGGUGGAUCUUGAGCAUGCACCUCCUGCUCCUCUGCUGAGCUGGUUUGUCAACCACUCACCUGGGACUUUUAUUUGGUCACUGCUCUUGGUGUGCCCAGGUCUGCGGCCGCGCAGCUGAGCCCACGUGCGCCGAGGGACCAGCACCUGUAAGGGGAGCAGAGAACAGUCCCUUGAGCCCUCAGCGGGUCCAGGGUACUCAAAAGCGCACGGAAGCGCAGAGAACAGAGCUCGCGGAGCCGGGCACAGGGCUCACAGAGAUCAGGGGCGCAAAGCCGAGAGCAGGGAGUGGGGCGCGCAGAGCCGGGCACAGGGCGCACUGAGUGCUGGGCGCGCAGAGUCGGCACGGGGCGCUCAGGGAGCGGGGCGCGCAGAUCGAGAAUCGCUGGUUGCCGGCCAUAGCCCAGAGUAGCAACCCCCGGAGCGGACCCCCCCCUCCAGAGUUAAACACAACCCCUCCGCUGCGAGCGCCCGUGCGGCUCGGGCGAUGAGCAUCGGGCACUUCACCGUGUGGGACUAUGUGGUAUUCGGGGCCAUGCUGCUGGUCUCCGCGGUCAUCGGCGUGUACUACGCCUUCGCGGGCGGCGGCCAGCAGACCUCCAAAGACUUUCUGAUGGGCGGCCGCAGCAUGAGCGCCCUGCCCGUGGCGCUGUCCCUCACCGCCAGCUUCAUGUCGGCGGUCACCGUGCUGGGCACCCCGGCGGAGAUCUACCGCUACGGGGCCAUAUUCUGCAUCUUCGCCAUCACCUACUUCCUGGUGGUGGUCAUCAGCGCCGAGGUCUUCCUGCCCGUCUUCUACAGGCUGGGGAUCACCAGCACCUACGAGUAUUUGGAGCUUCGAUUUAAUAAAUAUCUGCGUCUUUGUGGGACAAUCCUCUUCAUUAUACAAACGAUUUUAUACACUGGAAUUGUUAUUUAUGCUCCAGCUCUGGCACUGAAUCAAGUCACAGGAUUUGACUUGUGGGGUGCAGUGAUCGCAACUGGAAUAGUCUGUACAUUCUAUUGCACACUGGGUGGUCUAAAGGCAGUAGUCUGGACAGAUGUUUUCCAGGUUGGAAUCAUGGUAGCUGGAUUUUCAUCUGUAAUUAUACGUGCUGUGGUGGUUCAAGAGGGAAUCGGACGCAUUCUAAAUGAUUCCUACCAUGGAGGAAGAUUAAACUUCUGGGACUUUAAUCCCAACCCCUUGCAAAGACAUACCUUCUGGACAAUUCUCAUAGGUGGGACCUUCACCUGGACUGGCAUAUACGGGGUCAACCAAUCUCAAGUUCAGAGAUACAUUGCCUGCAAAACACGUUUCCAAGCAAAAUUAUCUCUCUAUAUCAACCUCUUGGGACUCUGGGCGAUUCUUGUCUGUGCAAUGUUUUGUGGACUAGCAAUGUACUCCAUAUACCACGAUUGCGACCCAUGGACAGCAAAGCGGGUGUCAGCACCAGACCAGCUUAUGCCAUAUCUGGUAUUGGAUAUUCUACGAGAUUUUCCAGGGGUACCAGGACUUUUCGUGGCUAGCGCCUACAGUGGGACAUUAAGCACAGUGUCCUCCAGCAUCAAUGCUUUAGCGGCUGUAACUGUUGAGGAUCUCAUUAAACCUUACUUCAGCUCCCUCUCUGAAAAGAAACUAUCUUGGAUUUCCAAGGGAAUGAGUCUUUUUUAUGGAGGAGUGUGUAUUGCCAUGGCUGGUGUGGCGUCCCUUCUGGGCAGUUUGUUACAGGCAGCUCUCAGUAUUUUUGGCAUGGUUGGUGGUCCUCUUCUAGGACUGUUUUCUUUGGGAAUCCUCUCCUCCUUCGCAAACCCCAUCGGUGCAUUUGUAGGGCUUAUUGGGGGCUUUACAGUUUCACUCUGGGUUGGCAUUGGGGCUCAGAUUUACCCUCCGCUCCCUGAGAGAACUAUGUCAUUAAAUCUCACAACUAUCGGCUGUGACAUAGGCAGCCCAGGAGACAACUGGACUGCAACAACCGAAAUGCCAACUUUAACAACCCUUGUACACCUGCAAGGCACUGAAAGACCUGUCCUGGCUGAUUAUUGGUAUUCCUUGUCGUAUCUGUACUUCAGCACUCUUGGGACCCUGGUCACAAUAGCUUUGGGAAUGAUUGUCAGCCUCUUAACAGGAGGACUAAAGCAGAACAUAGAUCGUAAAUUCUUGCUGACCAAAGAGGACUUGCUGUCCAACUUCUCAUUUUCUAAACCCAAGACAAAUGAGAAAGUGGAAGUUUUGAACUGGAAACCUUUCACCAUGGCAGAUGAAGGAACCGACAAUCCUGUUUUCAACCACAUUGAAAUGAACGUCACAGAAAAUAAAGAAAAAGUCAAUGGUGCCCAUGUAUGACUUAAGGGGACAGUGUAGAUGUUGUGUUAAAGACAUUGCCAGCAUUCCUGUGAAGAGUUAGUUACCCACCCUCCCUGGGGUUAUGUGCAGUAAUCCCUACUAAAUUUCAUGCCAUCACCACAUUGGAAUGACCUUGCGAUUAAGACUAAUGCCAAGAAAGGAAUCAGAGCAUAUUGGCCCGAAGAAAAGGCGGGUAGUGGGUACUUCAUAACAUACAACUCUGCUUAUUUUGGGAGACCGUCCAAAAGGCAUGCAUCUGUGCCUGUGACAGAAGUGAACAUGAACUAAGAGCAAGCGAACUUUAAGCAUACUCAAAUGUGGAGAAUGUUUUGUGUUACCUCCAAUGAUAAUACCCUUUGAGCACAGCAAGAAACAAACGGUAUUGGCUUGGUAUUUAUUUAUCAUGUGCAUAGUCGUCUAGCCAAGCCCUGGCUUGGUAAACAACUGCUUUUCUCAAUCCACUCAAUGACACAUUCAGUUCUAAGAUAUCAGGCUGGAUCCUUCUCUCCCCAGAAUAAUUCCAGUGACUGCUGUAGAGCUGCUCCUAAUUUACACUGAUGAAAGUGAAAACAGAAUCAGGCCUCUGGCUCUUCUAGGGGACCUUUAUAGGGAGGACUAAAGCCAACGUUUCUAUGUGAAAUUGUCAUUCAGUAUUGGUUUGGUCUUCUAUAAAAAUAUUUACGUUCAACCUCAGUUAAUUUUCAGCUUUAUUUUAUUUUAUUUUAUUUUUAAAAAGAGCAUCUAGUUUUCACAGACAUGGCUAUUUUUCUUCCCUGGUCAAUUCCAUACUGUUUCUGUGGCAAGGUCAAUAUUUUACACUCUUGCGGUGUCACAAGGUGGUUGUGUUUUUAUAAUGAAGGCGGGAUUAUCUAGUAUAAUGUUUUUCUGCAGAAGUGCUGACUCUGCGCUCCUUCUAUGUACGUUUUUAUAAAGUCAUCCCUCAUGGUGGUAUCUGAAUACGUUCUUAGCAAGGAAUUCAACAGUGAAUCGGUUGGUAACAUGCUUACCCUCCCUUUCCUUCUCAGUGCAUAGUCUGACCAGCUAGGCUGUGUGCUAGUUGAGUUCCUUUGGGAGCUGGGAGGAAGGUCCCCCCUACCAGGCUGUAAAGCCACUACUGCAGCCUCCACUCUCCUCAUUCAACCUCUUCUGGUAGGAACAAUGGGCCGUGGUGGAUCGGUUGAGCUAAGUGACAUUUUUUCAUUAAAACCGAUUUUCAAUGGAAAUGCAACCAAAAUGAAAGUUUUGUGGAUAAAAUCAUUUUUGGCUUGGCGUUAAUGGAACAAGCGAAUUCUGUACUAGAGCUGGGCAAUAUUUUGUGACCAAAACGCUUUUUCUGGUGAAAAAACAUAAAUUUGGUGACGUGGGAGUGUUUUGCAAAUUCAUGUUGAUUUUUUGCCGUAUUCUUUUGGUUGAAAAAAAAAUCCAAAAACCCAACAUGGUUUGUUUCAACGUUUUGAAAUGAAGUGUUUCCAUUUUUCAGUUCCAAUGACUUUUCGCUUCAACGUUUCCUUUAAAUGCAUUGAAAAAUCUGGUCAAAAAUGAAACAUUUAGAUUUUGUUGAAACUAAAUUUUUUGUUUGACUAGAAACAAAAUUUUUGUGACUUUUCGAUUUGCCAAAAUUUUCAUUUGUAAUUUGUCCCAUAACUAAUUUUUCAGAAUUUCCAAUAAACAACAAAAAGCACCCAUCUGUUCUUUGCCCAGCUCUACUUUCUACCCCUUUAUCCUCAGAAGGGAUUAGAUUAUAUCAGAGGAGGGCAAACUACGGCCCAUGGGACCCUCCUGCCCAGCCCCUGAGCUCCUGGCCUGGGAGGCUAGCCCCCGGUCCCUCUCCCGCUGU